GAUUUACAUGCUUUCCUAUCUAUGCUAUAAAUUUUUAUGAAAUAUAUAAAUAGGCGCACGUGGAUGUAUUCAUUUCACAUAUCGUACGUGUGCAGCAAAAUUACGUGACAGGUUAUGUCUUUCCGAGGACGCGGCGGUGGUUUUAGAGGAGCCGGUGGUUUCAGAGGUGGCCGAGGUGGCGGAGGAUUUAAUAGAGGACGUGGCGGCGGUUUUGAUAGAGGCAGAGGGUAUGAUCAAGGGCCUCCAGAAACAGUAACACCAUUAGGACACUAUCAGUGGCCUGUAGAAGAUAUGAUAGUUGUUAAAGGAGAAAUUGAACAAAUACCGUUUUUUAAUGCACCCAUUUAUAUGGCGAAUAAACAACAAAUAGGAAAGAUAGAUGAAAUAUUUGGUAAUAUUCGUGACUAUUAUGUAUCUGUUAAGUUAGAAAAUGCAAAGCCCUCCAGUUUUGAGAAAGAUGCUCAGUUGUACAUUGAUCCAGCAAAACUGCUGCCUCUCCAAAGGUUUUUACCGAAACCUCCCGGAGAACAGAAAAGAGGUGGCGGAGCUGGUCGAGUUAUGAAAAGAGGUGGCAAUGCUGGAGGAAGGAGAGGAGGUGGUGGUAGAGGUGGCAGAGGAGGAGGCUUUGGUAAUAGAGGUGGUAAUGAUGGAAGAUUUAGAGGACAUGGAGGAGGUGGUGGAUUCAAUCGUAACAGUUCAGGAGGAGGUGGUGGAUUCAAUCGUAACAGUUCAGGUGGAGGUCGUGGGGGAGGAAGAGGACGGUGGUAGAAUCUAAGAAUAAUUUUAUAAGGAGUAUAUUUUUUUCAAAAUAAGUAACAAAUCCUCUAUAAGAUAUGACUAUAUAU